CUCUCUCUCUCUCUCUCUCUCUCUACAAAAGCAUCCAUACCCUUUUCUCGUCUUUUUUCUUUCUGAAAAAACGCAACAGUAGAGUAUCAUUUGAUUAGGACUGUUUCAAUUCAAACAGUUUUCGCUCCCUCUUUAUCAAUGGAAGAUGAUGGUCAAUGGCAUGACCCACUUCUUAUAACAGACGUUUCUUGGCAAAACGAGCAGAAUUCCCACUCUCACUACCCUUUAAUUACAAGAUUGCCAAGCUCGCAAACUUCGAUAAUGGAAGAUCCUGAUGAUAUUCAUCCUCGUUCAAAUGAUGAUAUUUAUUGGAAAAAUUCAAGCUUUGUGCCUAAUAAUACCCAAAAAUCCACUGACCCUAUACCGAACCUUGUUGUUGUUGAUGGUCGGUCCAUGUUGCAAUUUUCCCUUACAUCACCUGAUUUGGUAAUUUGUGCCGGUUCACCCGACAUGCCCGUGAGGAGCUAUGAGGAAUCCCCAAGGUUUUUGAGGGGUGCCUCCAUUGAGCUUUCUUUAGAAAACGGAAUCAAUGGGCCCGAAAUGGGCGGUGACCAAGAAACUCCAGGUGCAUCAAAAUUUCCAGCAUCUUGGCAAUUGGGGGAGGAAGAUUCUUUUACAGAUGCUUCAUUAGAGCUUCUUCCAAUGCUAAUCAGUGAAGACAAUCUUUCCACCAAACCCCUUCCUGUUAUUGGUAUUAACGCUGGCUCAUUGGAAGGUGCAACGACUUUGGAUGGGGCUAAUUUUAAAGAGGACAUUUGUUUCACUGGUGGCGACACGCUAAGGACUGAAACAAAAAUUGGGGAUGGAGGAGGGCUUGUGGUUUACCAAACAGCAAGAUUCGGUAACUUUUCGUAUCGAUUCAAGACAUUGGAAAGAGGAAACUAUAUUGUUGAUCUGCACCUCGCGGAGAUUGUGUUCACGGAUGGCCCACCUGGGAUGAGAGUGUUUGAUGUGUACAUACAAGAGCAGAAGGUUGUUUCCUGCAUAGACAUAUAUGCCCGUGUUGGUGCUAAUAAACCUCUAGUUAUCCCCAAUUUAAAAGCUUUCGUAAAUGGUGACGAGGGUUUAUCAAUAAGAUUUGAAGGAGUAACUGGAAAUCCUCUUGUCUGCGGCAUUUCUGUGAGGAAACAUCUCUCUGCAAGUUUUGGGGAAGUUGAAUUGAUCAAAGCUACAGAAAUGUCACAGAUAACAGAAACUGAGCCACCAAAAGAUACCGGGGAAUAUGAAGUUGGACAAAUUGAAAAGCUUCAAGUAGAGUAUGAGUGCCAGAAAAGGGAACUAACUGAAACAAGGAAAGCUUUAGAGAAGCUUAAGAGGGAGAAUGAAAGUAAGAGCAGAGAAUGCCAAGAAGCAUGGAGAUCUUUGAAGGAUCUCCAAAAUGAGCUCAUGCGCAAGUCAAUGCACGUUGGUUCACUAGCUUUUGCCAUUGAGGGACAAGUGAAAGAGAAAAGCAGAUGGUUUUCCUCCAUGAGAGACUUGAAAAGAAAAUUGAAGCUUAUGAAAAUGGAUCAAAUCAAGCUAUCAGAGGAGGCAUUGUCAUAUAAGAAAUGCUUGGUCGAUAUGAAUGACAUGAGCUCUAUCAUUCAGUCCAAAUUAAAUGAGCAAGUAGAAUUACAUAACGAUAUUAAAAACAAAUUCAUCAAAGGGGCCAAGGAACGGAAAGAACUUUACAACAAGAUUUUGGAGUUGAAAGGAAACAUUAGGGUCUUCUGCCGGUGUAGGCCUUUGAACACUGACGAGAUUGCUGCUGGAGCUUCAAUGGCUAUGGAUUUUGAAGCUGCGAAAGACGGUGAACUGACAGUAACAUCAAACGGUGCACCAAAAAAGACCUUUAAGUUUGAUGCUGUUUUUGGACCCCAGUCCAACCAAGUUGAUGUUUUUGAGAAUACAGCCCCAUUUGCAACAUCAGUCCUUGAUGGCUACAAUGUGUGCAUUUUUGCUUAUGGGCAGACAGGAACUGGGAAAACUUUUACAAUGGAGGGAACAAAUGGAGCCCGAGGUGUUAACUUUAGGACUCUUGAGGAGUUGUUUCACAUCAUCAAUGAGAGAAAGGGAGAGUUUCAAUACGAACUAUCUGUAAGCGUUCUAGAGGUAUACAAUGAGCAGAUACGGGACUUACUAGUGCCUGGAACUCAGAUAGGAGGAACUACAAAGAGGCUAGAAGUAAGACAAGUGGGUGAUGCAAUACAUCAUGUUCCAGGUCUGAUUGAAGCUCACGUGAACAACAUGAGUGAGGUUUGGGAAGUUCUACAGACUGGAAGUAAUGCAAGGGCUGUUGGAUCAACUAACGCUAAUGAGCACAGCAGCCGGUCCCAUUGCAUACACUGUGUGAUGGUGAAGGGGGAGAAUCUGUUGAAUGGGGAAUGUACAAGAAGCAAACUUUGGCUGGUUGAUCUAGCUGGAAGUGAGAGAGUUGCUAAGACUGAAGUACAAGGUGAAAGACUAAAGGAAACCCAAAAUAUUAAUCGAUCUCUUUCUGCACUUGGUGAUGUCAUAUCUGCUCUUGCAACUAAGAGCCCACACAUCCCUUUCAGGAACUCCAAGCUUACUCAUUUGCUUCAAGACUCCCUAGGGGGAGAUUCGAAGACACUAAUGUUUGUCCAGAUAAGUCCUAAUGAGAAUGACUUGAGUGAGACUCUUUGCUCACUGAACUUUGCAAGUAGAGUGAGAGGAAUAGAAUUGGGUCCUGCAAAGAAGCAAGCAGACAGCACUGAGCUCUUAAAGUACAAGCAAUUGGCCGAGAAGACAAAGCUAGAUGGAAAAAGCAAAGAUGUGCAAAUUAAGAAAAUGGAGGACACCAUUUCUGGUUUGGAUGUGAAGUUGAAAGAAAAAGACACCAAAAACAAAUUGUUGCAGGACAAGAUUAAGGAAUUGGAAUCGCAACUAAUGAUAGAGAGAAGGCUAGCACGACAGCACGUUGACUCAAAAAUAUUAGAACAGCAGCAACAGCAACAGCAACAACAAUUAAUGAGACAACAACAAGAAGAAGAGCAGAAUUCUGCACUUUCAAGGCCACCACUUGCAAAUAGACCCCUCGGAGUUCUCAAGAAUUUUAACGAAGGCAAAGAACUAACUCACAAUCGACCAUUUUCUGAGCUCAACAGCUACAAAUUUCCGCCACCCCCUCCUCCAAUAGACGCCAUUUGUAAACACGUUGAUCCAAUGGAGAAAGAAAACAACCCAAAGAUUGCAGACCAACCCCUAGUAGUGCCAAAGCAAACUGGAAGAGCUUCCCUAUGCCCAAUAGCACAAAGGGUUCUACCAGCCCCAGCUCCAAGGCGCGCUUCUCUGAUUCCUUUACCGAGUGCUGUGGGCUCCACCAAAUUCCCACAACCAUUUCUACACUUGCCACCAAUUCAAGCCAAUAAGAAAGAAGAGACAGAGAUUGAAGCGAAAUGCUAUCCCGAACCCAUGAAUUGGGGUGGCAACAGUCCUAAAGAACAUAAAAGUGGAGGGAAGAAGCUUAUAAACAGCAUAUUGAGACGGAGUGUUCAAAAGAGAAUUCAAAUAAGGUCCCCAAUGCAGCAGCAUAUCAGAAGAGGUGGUGGCGUAAACGUGGGGAUGGAAAAGGUUAGAGUCUCUAUUGGAGGCCGAGGAAGGGUGGCUCAUAGAGUGUUGCUUGGCAAUGCUAGAAGGGCAAUGAAAGAUGUUCAACAGCAAAAGGAAAACCAAAGGGAGAAGGAAAGAGGAUGGAAUAGCAGAAUCAUAUGAACGUUGAAGUUUUUUUUUUUUUUUUAUGUCUUUUUAAAUGUGUUCAUAUUAGGUUCGAACUAACAGUGCUGGGUUGCUUCCUUGCUUGCAACCAUGGAUCACUGCAGAGAUGAAACAAAACAAGACAGUCGUGUUGAUUUUAUUUUCCUUCCGGGUUGAUGCCCAUCGACUGUUAACUAAUGGAUUGGUACAUAACAACAUUCAUCAGUUAAUUUGUCACUCA